AUGAGCAAGUUUAAAUAUGCUAUCAAGCCGUUAUACAUUGAAACAUUUGAGUAUAAUUAUAUGGACGGUAAAACAGAAAAGUCAUUUACGAUUAAAAAAAAACUAGAAGCCAAAAGCGGAAAAGGAAUGAUGCAAUAAAGUGAACCGCUUGCCUAAUUUAAAUGUGAUUCAAUCAAAUAAAGUAACAACCGAGCUCAAACUAGUAGAUGGCUAAGGUAAUCCUCAUUCGUAAAAAAUUCUACAAUAAAUCCCAACACUCCUCAAAAUAUUGGUAUUAGAAAAAUAGAAAGCAGAAUGGAAGAUGAAAUACUUAUCUAAAAUAGUAGAAAUAAUUCUGAAAAAAGAAAUCUCAAAGUACCUAAAUUAAGUUAUAUUGACUUUAAUAUUUCUGUAAUGAAUGGAGAAGGGAGUGAUUCAGUUUCUAAGGCUCUAAAAUUAAUAAAUAAAGAUAACUUGUUAAUGAGAAAGAAAAAAAAAUCAGUUUAAAACUCAAAAACUGUUUCUACAUAAGAAAAUGAAAUAACUCAGUUUGAACAAUUAGAGAAUUAACACCCAAAAGAUAUGAUAGAAAAGAUAGGAUAAAUGCUUGCUAUUAAUUAAAGAAAUCCUUCGGUUAGAAAAUAAAGUAAGGUUAGAGAGGCGUUUACGAGAAACCUAAAAUUUUUAGAUCAAUCAUUCUAAGAAUCAACUUCUCCAGAUAAAAAAUUAAAAUCAGUUAUCCAAAUUUACUAUGAUAAAAAAAAAGCAUACUAAGAAGAAUAAAGCAAAUAAUAAGAAAUCACUUUAACACAGCUUUCAGAAUAGACUAAAUCAUGUAAUAAUAACAAAAGAAUGAGAAUAUCCACAACAUUUUUAAAGUAAUUUACAUUUUAAGUAGAAGAAGAAUAAAAAUAAAAAUAAUCAAAAUCUUAAAAUUUCAUGUAAUAAUCAAUUAAAUCAUCUUAAAUUAAGGAUAGAUUCAAAAAAAAAUAAAACACUAUUUUCAGCAUUUAAGUCAGAUCAAUAUUUAAAAAGUUGUUUAAUUAAAUAGUUAACUGCGUUAGAAAAAUGAAAUUAAUGAAAUUAACUAUAAAAGAAAUCUUCUAGAAUGGAGUCAUUUAAAAAAAAGCUUAUGAAAGGGAAGGAUCAUUCUAAUUUUUUGAGGGUGUAGAAGAUAAUAAUUUAUAACUUAUCAACUUUAUGCUCCUAAAAUGUAGAUAUUAUGCAUUUGAUAUAAAUGAAGAAGGAUAGACACCUUUACAUUUGAGUUCUAAAAAGGGCUAUUAAUCAAUUACUGAGAGAUUGCUUCAUUAUGGGGCCUAUGUUGAUUCUAUAGAUUAAGAUGGCAAAACCCCCUUGUAUUAUGCUAUUCAGUCAGAGUAAAAGCAUAUAGUUUAUCAAUUGUUAUAUUAUAAGGCCAAUCCAUGGUCUAUUAAGAAUUGCUAGCAUAAAAGUACAAAUCCAGAUAUAAUGCACCUCAUAAAAGUGUCAAGAAAGAUUCAUCUCGUACUACUUUUAACAAGACAUCGUGAUAGAGAGAUGAAGUGGUAAGAAUCAAGAAAUACAUUACUAUUAUGA